GUGCCCAUGACACCAAAAAGCAUGUUUAUUUCAUACUUUCCGCGGUAUUUUAUGCUCCUGAAUGAAACAGACCGCUUGGAUGUGUGUGGAAGCGAUCGUUAUAUUUAUUCAGUUUUUUGAAUCCCGCGCUACGAAAAUGACAGACUUCCGGCUGUGAUCUCGGAUUUAGGAAGAAGGCGGAUGUGACGUGUACGGUAGAAGACCUCUUCGCUAGCUACCCGUGCUGUUGUGUGAGAAGGACUGCGGAUUCGUCUAAUUUAGCAGAGUAUUUCCUUUAUUUUUCGCACCAUGCCGAAACGAUGCGUUGCAGGCUUUUGUUCCAACGUCACGGGGAGUGAUGUGAGCCUUUUUCGGUUCCCAAGAGAUCCCGUUCGCCGGGAAGCAUGGGUAAAGCAAGUACAACGAACGAGGGACAAUUGGUCACCAUCCAAAUCCUCAGCGUUGUGUUCGGAUCAUUUUACUGAAGACUGUUUCGACCCUGUUCCUCUGCGGAAAGUUGAGAUGGGACUUUCAGUGCAACAUGCCAGAACCCUACUUGACACAGCUGUGCCAACAAUUUCCCCCCGUCCUCAACAUGGAGCUAGCGGCAGUGGGCAAAGCGCUCACAAAUCUCUGAAGAGGAAGUCCGCUGCCAUUGAUAAGCGGACGAAAAAGGCUGCAGUUGAAUCGAUGAUACAAGAAUACCAGGCCCAUUCAAAGACACAGUGCGAAAGUGUUAAUCCAGACGCGGAUAAUCCUGAGUUGGAAGAAUUUGCCGCUGGGCCAGCUCCUAAAUCGGUCGACGAGUCCUGUCAGGUUUGUCUUUUGCCACCAAGUCAGACUGUUGCUGUUAGUGCUGCUUUGCAACCUCAAAGACGACAUAAAGGUGUCCAGACAACAUCCGGGCCCCUCAUGAUGACUGUGGGUACCCAAACCUGCGUUGUUCACUCAGAGCUGAAUGUUACCAUCGACAGCUGGGACUCGGAUGAAGAAAUGUUGGUGUGCGAGGCUGAUUCUGAGUAUGACCUACCCACCGCACCUUCUGACUGCGAGUCCAGCGAGUCCGAUUGUCCUGAUAUGGCUGCGGCCGACCCUGCGCCAGUUCCCAGCCGGGUAUAUCUAAUCUACUGGGUCGCCCUCAUUCAGCUCAUUAGCCAGUGGGUCAGUUGUCCUGCGUGUGCCUGCAAGAAGGUCAACUGGGUCCCUUCUGAGGUCGGUACCAUGUUGGUGCUGGCCUUGAAGUGUGCUGAGCCUGGAUGUGGUCACACCGGAACAUGGAACUCCCAACCAUAUGUCGGCAGAAUUGCUGCUGGAAACAUAUUUCUUUCUGCAGCCAUUUUAUUUGCUGGUGCAACUGUGGGCAAAGUUCUGCGUGUGUUAUCUCACAUGGGUGUAGCUGUUUACUCCACUCGGUCGUACUUUCGCCAUCAAGAACGCUACCUUCACCAAGCCAUCAAAAGCGUGUGGCGAGAGCGGCAAAUCUGGCUGUUGAGCCAUCUACAAGCUGAGGGAGAGGAAAUUGUUUGUGGUGGCGACGGACGAGCUGACUCACCCGGUCACAGUGCAAAAUACGGGACUUACACGAUGAUGGAACUGCGGAAGCUAACCAUCUUGGAUGUGCAGAUUGUGCAGAGUAACGAGGUAGGAGGUAGCUACCACAUGGAGCCCGAAGGACUGGUUCGGUCACUGCGUGUGCUCGAGGAGUUUGUGCGUGUGGGAACUCUGGUGACAGAUCGACAUGUGACUGUCAACAAGCUCGUCCGAGAACAGUUCCCACACAUUGAGCAUCUUUUUGACAUCUGGCAUAUUGGCAAAGGUUUGAAGAAAAAGUUGCAGAACCUCUCUAAGCUGCGUGGAUGUGAAGCCCUAAAACCCUGGAUUGGCAGUAUCAUCAACCAUUUAUAUUGGUCCGUGGCGUCAACGCGACCUGGGGACCCCAGACUCAUCCUCGACAAGUGGGAGUCAGUACUGAGCCAUGUUCAGAAUGAUCACUCGGGCUUCAAAGGCAGUUUCCCCAGGUGCAGCCAUGGUCCUUUGGAAGGUCGGGAACGGAAAAAGCCUUGGCUCACGCCUCACACCAAGUUGACCAAUGAGCUGGAGAAGCUGAUCUGUGGCUCCAAACUGUUGGCUGACAUUCGCCGGCUGUCUCCAGUCUACCAGACUUCCCACCUGGAAGCCUUCCACAGUCUGGUGAACCAUUUUACACCCAAAAUGUUCGCCUUUUCUUACGAGGGGAUGCUCAGCAGGACGAUUGUGGCUGCUCUUCACUUCAAUGAAAACGCCCAUCGAGCCCACAGCUUAACCCGAGACGGAGUGGGGAUUUAUAGCAUCCACUUUCCAAAAUCAAAACAAGGCGGCCAUGUUGUGCGCAAAGUUUUGGAGAACCCUACAUUUGAGUAUGUUAGCGAGCUGAUGUCGGCGGUGGAGAGGCUUGUGCAGGACGCGAGUGAUGUAGAGCCGAAUGAAUUGGAGGCGAUACCGGCUGUGCCCGAGGCCGGGAGGUUAUCCCUCAGCAGCAGCUUUCAGCGACCUGACAAAGAACAGGCGGUCCGGGAUCAUGUCACACGUUUUAAUGUGCCAUGAUUGAACCUUUAAUUUUGUAUAAUUGUGUUCCCCAGUUCUUUCGUUGUCAUCUUUUGAAAAUGUGAGCUAGUUUUUUGAAUUUAUAAGGUAUUAUUGGUUCGAGCCCUGUUUAAAUAUGUUGGUAUAUAUAAAAUAUAAUGGCACACUUAAAUUCCGGUGAAUAAAACCAUUUUGUGUAUUUUUCCAAAUCAUUGUCUUGAGCUUGAUACAGUAGCAAUUGUUUUUUACUUGUAUCAGCAUGUCAGAAAUAAGUAUCUUAUAACGUCCUUGCAUUUGUCAUAUUUCCAUAUUCCAUUCAGUACAAUACUUUGUCAUGGAAAUAUAAUUUUUGUAUUGCACUUAGCAAAUAUGUAAUAAGACUAACCACUGAGGCUUGCAAAAAUAUUGAAGUAGAGAUAUUCUUUUAAAAAUCACAUCAGGAUGACUGUAUAAUGAAACGAUUACAAUAUUUUAUUCAACUUGGAGUUUUAGGGAGGAUUACAAGGUUGGUAUCCAACAAACUCCGGUGAUGGGAAGCUUGUCCUGAUCUGCGCGACCACACAGGCUGGUAGAGGAACCCUGAUCCUCCGCCCCAGGAACUCGUACACCCAGCGCACAAACUGGCGAUACGCCGUGUAACGUUUCCAGCUGAAAGCACAAUAGGAUGGGGUCAUUCAUUUCCUUUUCCAUUUGAAAACCAACACAGUAAUGCAAACCGUUAUUUUACAUUGUAAUUUGUGAGACAAUGCUAACUAGCCUAAGUCACUGCCGAUCACAAAAAAGGUUGGUUUAUGAAAUUCUGAUCAGUGCAUAUAUAUGACACAUACUUGUUUCCUGACUGGUCCUCAUAAUUUUGCCUGUAGGCAUAAUAGGCUGUCUGAAGGACGUCUACGUUCAGGCACACGGGCUGAAAUCCAGGGUGCUGGGUAAUACAUUGGACCCCAGCCCCCUCCAUCUUCUCCCUGACUCGCUCCUGUUCACCACAGCAAACGCACUCAUCUACUGUGGGCAUCACUGCACAGCAUUCACAUGAACACCUUCAGAAAAAUAAAUGAAAUUUUAAAUCUAAAUGCAGAACAUGGAUUGUAGUGAAAGACUCCUUG